AUGCUUACCUUUUCCUUCAUCAAUUCUGGCCUCAAUACACCAUCACACUCCAAACCCACCUCCAAAAACAAUCAAAAACUAGUUCUAAAAGCGAAAAAAGAAAACUUGAUGGUGUUGCCACUCAUGAAGCUUUUCCCUUUGCUUCUUCUCCUCCUUGUUUUUCUCUUGUUCAAUUAUGGCCUUUCUGAGUCCGGUGUUGGUGUUGGCUACCAACUCAUGGUGGCAGUCCCUGUGGAGUAUGAAGUGAAUUUCAAAGGAAGAGCUUUUCUUGUGGAGACCAAUCAGACAGCACCAAAUUUUAGAGUGGCAUUGAGCAUUGAAGCCAUCAAUGGGAAAUACUCAUGCUCAUUGGAAGUUUUUCUUGGAGAUGUGAAGGUGUGGGAUUCUGGCCAUUACACCAGGUUUUACACCACUGAGAAAUGCUUGCUAGAGCUCACUAAGGAUGGAGAUUUAAGGCUGAAGGGUCCAAAAGAGAGAGUGGGGUGGAAAACUGGGACUUCUGGACAAGGUGUGAAGAGAAUGCAGAUACUGAGAACAGGCAAUCUAGUGCUUGUGGAUGCAAUGAACAAUAUAAAAUGGCAAAGUUUCAAUUUUCCAACGGAUGUGAUGCUCAGGGGCCAGCAACUUGAUGUGGCAACCCGCUUGACAACUUUUCAAAGAAACUCAAGCUCGUUAUACUUCUCUUUUGAAAUUGAGAACAAGAGGGUUGCUUUGUACUUGAACUAUGACAAUUUGAGGUAUUCUUACUGGGACUUUCAGCCUUCCAUGGAUAGAAGUAUUACAUAUGUUAAGCUAAGUUCAAGAGGGUUGGUGUUAUUUGAUGUCAAGUACAAGAAAAUAGCACAAAUUCCAUUGCAGGGGAUUCACCCACUAAGAUUUCUAGCAUUGAAGAAUGAAACAGGAAACUUUGGUCUCUAUUACUAUUCACCUGAGAAAGGAAAGUUUGAGGCCUCCUUUCAAGCACUUAACAGCACAUGUGACCUUCCCAUUGCUUGUAGACCUUAUGGGAUAUGUACAUUCUCCAAUACUUGCUCAUGUCUUCAGCUUUUGACAGAUGAAAAAAAGGGUGGUGCUGAUUGCAGCGCACAAAAUUCUGGGGGGUUUUGCAAUGGAAAAAAGGCAGAAAUGCUUGAACUAGAUAAUGUAAGUAGUGUGCUUAAAAAUGUUCCUAAAAUGGUCAAUAUUAGCCAAAAAGCAUGUGCAAAUUUGUGCUUACAGGACUGUAAAUGUGCUGCUGCUCUUUAUUUUGGUAAUGCAAGCACAGAUGUGACUGAGUGUUAUCUAUACAGACUAGUCCUGGGUCUAAAACAGGUAGAUAAAGCCACAGGAUUUAGAUAUAUGGUUAAGGUUCCGAAGGGAUCAGUUAGAAAUCAUGAGCGGCAUAAUGUAAAAAGGUGGGUGUUGAUUGUGGCUGGAGGGGUUGAUGGACUCAUAAUUCUACUUCUUGUUGGAGGUUUUGGAUAUUGGUUGAUCAAAAAGAGAAGUCAUACCUUGCAUUCUUAG